CGGCCGCGGAGUGGAGCCGCCGCGUCAGCAGCGCCGCUCCUUGGGUGCCAAGGAAGGCAGUCCCGAUCCCGCUCCCAAUCCCGGGGCGUCGAGCGGGAGGCGGAGAUAGUCAGAGCCGGAGACCUUCCCAUACUCUCCCCUCCUACGGGCCCUCGCAGGGAUGUGAGCCGUUGAGCCACGGGGGAAGUGCCCGUCUCUGGGGGAAGUGGGUCUCUCCAUCGGGGGAGCCGGCGGGGGGGGGGGGGGGGGCGUCGCUCGCGACCGGGGCAUGCGCCAUGGCCUCGGUGAAGGUGGCUGUCAGAGUCAGGCCCAUAAACCGCAGGGAACAGGAGCUAGAUGCUAAGUUUAUUAUUUCAAUGGAGAAAAAUCAAACACAAAUCACAAACUUAAAGAUCCCAGAGGGAGGAACUGGGGACUUGGGAAGAGAACGAACAAAAACAUUUACGUAUGAUUUCUCCUACUUCUCAGUUGAUCCUGAAAGUUCAAACUAUGCAUCUCAGGAAAUGGUAUUUAACAACCUUGGAAUUGAUGUCCUCCAGUCUGCCUUUGAAGGUUAUAAUGCUUGUAUUUUUGCCUAUGGACAGACUGGAUCUGGGAAGUCUUAUACAAUGAUGGGAAAUGCUGGAGAUACAGGUUUAAUACCUCGGAUCUGUGAAGGAUUAUUCAAACGAGUAAAUGAGAAAACAAGAUGGAAUGAAGCCUCCUUUCGAACAGAGGUCAGUUACCUGGAAAUUUACAAUGAGCGUGUCAGGGAUUUACUGAGGCGCAAGUCUUCAAAAACAAAUAAUUUAAGAAUUCGUGAACAUCCAAAGGAGGGACCUUAUGUUGAAGAUCUGUCAAAACACUUAGUACAAAAUUAUAGUGAUGUAGAGGAACUUAUGGAAGGAGGGAAUAUAAAUCGAACCACUGCUGCAACUGGAAUGAAUGAUGUUAGCAGCAGAUCCCAUGCCAUUUUCACAAUCAAUUUCACUCAGGCUAAGUUUGACACUGAAAUGCCAUGCGAGACUGUCAGCAAGAUACAUUUGGUAGACUUAGCUGGAAGUGAGAGAGCAGAUGCCACUGGUGCCACAGGUGUCAGAUUAAAAGAAGGAGGAAAUAUAAACAAAUCCCUAGUUACUCUGGGAAAUGUAAUUUCUGCCUUAGCUGAUAUAUCUCAGGAUGCCUCAAACCCUCUUAUAAAGAAAAAACAAGUAUUUGUGCCUUACAGGGAUUCUGUGUUGACAUGGCUUUUGAAAGAUAGCCUAGGAGGAAAUUCUAAAACAAUAAUGAUUGCAACUAUAUCACCUGCUGAUGUUAAUUAUGGAGAAACAUUGAGCACCCUUCGCUAUGCAAACCGAGCUAAAAACAUAAUCAACAAACCUACCAUUAAUGAAGAUCCAAACGUCAAGCUAAUUCGUGAACUACGAGCUGAAAUUGCCAGACUGAAAACUCUGCUUGCUCAGGGGAACCAGAUAGCACUUCUGGAUUCUCCAACAGCUUUGAGUAUGGAAGAAAAGCUGCAACAGAAUGAAGCACGAGUGCAAGAGCUUACCAAAGAGUGGACCAACAAGUGGAACGAAACUCAAAAUAUUUUAAAAGAGCAAACUUUAGCUCUGCGGAAAGAAGGAAUUGGAGUUGUGCUAGAUUCUGAGUUACCUCACUUAAUAGGCAUUGAUGAUGAUCUUCUAAGCACAGGUAUCAUCUUGUAUCAUUUGAAGGAGGGCCAAACACAUGUUGGCAGAGAUGAUGCUGCAAGAGAACAAGAUAUUGUACUUCAUGGUCUUGAUUUGGAAAGCGAGCACUGCAUUUUUGAACACUUCAAUGGAACGGUUCAUUUAAUACCACUCGAUGGAGCACAGUGUUCUAUAAAUGGAAUUCAAAUCACAGAGGCUACACAACUCAACCAAGGUGCUGUAAUAUUACUUGGGCGGACAAAUAUGUUUCGAUUCAAUCAUCCCAAGGAAGCAGCCAAACUGAGGGAGAAAAGAAAGAGUGGAUUGCUUUCUUCCUUCAGUUUGUCCAUGUCAGAUCUUUCAAAGUCUUGUGAAAACCUUUCAACAGUUAUGCUGUAUAAUCCAGGCCUUUUCCCUAUAAAAGGACCAGUCUUUUUAAGAUUAGAAUUUGAGAGACAACAAAGAGAAGAACUAGAAAAAUUAGAAAGUAAAAGGAAACUCAUAGAAGAAAUGGAGGAGAAACAAAAAACUAAUAAGGCUGAAUUAGAAAGAAUGCAACAAGAAGUAGAAUCACAACGUAAAGAAACUGAAAUAGUUCAGCUGGAAAUCCGAAAACAAGAGGAGAAUCUUAAGAAGAGAAGCUUUCACAUAGAAAACAGGAUGAAAGAUUUAUUGGCAGAAAAGGAAAAAUUUGAAGAGGAGAGAUUACGGGAACAGCAAGAAAUAGAGCUUCAGAAAAAGAAGCAAGAAGAAGAAAUUUUUGGUAGUGUUAAAGAAGAACUUCAGCGAUUACAAGAGCUUAAUCAAAAUGAAAAAGCGGAGAAAAUGCAGAUUUUUCACGAAUUGGAAAAACUUAAAAAGGAAAAAGAAGAACAGUAUUUAAAAUUAGAAGUGGAGAAAAAGAGAUUGGAAGCUCAGGAAAGAGAACAGGCAUUGUUGGUGGCAAAUCUAGAAGAACAGCUUAGAGACAAACAAAUCAUGAUACAGCUGCUAAAAAGAGGAGAUCUGCAACGAGUUGAAGAAGAAAAGAAGAAUCUGGAAGACAUCAGAGAAUCUCUCUUGCGAGUCAAAGAAGCCAGAUCUGAAGCAGAGGAGGAUUGUGAAGAAUUAGAAAAGGUACAGUGUAACUUCAUGGAUUUUAAGAGAAAACAACUAGACCAAUUGACUAGCUUAGAGAGAGAUUUGGUUCAAGAAAGAAAUCAUCUAGAAAAACAGAUGAUCGAAGAACAAGAAAAUCUGGAUCAUUUGAAACAGGUACACACAGAGCAUUUAAAUUUAGACAAAAACACACCAGAUACUGCAUUAGCUGUGGAAGAAUGUAACAAAAUAAGAUCGUGUGAAUAUAGGUUGCACCAUAAGGAACGACAACUUCUGUAUCUCAUUAAUAAUCAUUUACCAGCUUUGAUGGAAGAAAAACAAAGAGCUUCUGAAGUUUUAGACAGAGGCUUGCAAAGCUUGGACAAUACACUUUAUGAGGUGGAAAAAGAAAUGGAAGAAAAAGAAGAACAGCUUGCCCAAUACAGAGCUAGUGCCAGUGAGCUGCAGCAGCUUCAAGAAACAUUUGAAUUCACGGCCAACGUAGCUCGUCAAGAAGAAAAGGUUUGGAAAAAAGAGAAAGAAAUUCUCGAAUCAAGGCAAAAACAGCAGCGGGAGGCACUGGAACAAGCAGUUGCUAAGUUGGAAAGGCGGCACUCUGCUUUACAGCGCCAUUCUACCCUAGAAAUUGAGGAGCAAAAGCAGAAACUUGCAACUUUGAACAACAGUUGUAGGGAACAGACAGGCUUGCAAGCAACAGUAGAGGCCCAGCAAAAAGCCCUGGAACAAGACCGAGAAAAUUUGGACUUGCAAAUACAGCAGUUAAAACAGAAGAUCUAUGAAGGUGAUAGAGUUGAAAAGGGAUAUCCUGGAGCUGUAGAAGAGAGGCUGACUCAUAGUAGUUCCCCUUCUAACAUUUCAAAAUCUCAAUCUUUUAUGCCAUUGGUUGAUGAUAGAAUAAAUACCUUUAUUGAAGAAGAAGUUCAAAGACGCCUUCAAAAUAUUCAGUACAGCUCUGGAGAAAACAAUAUCAGUCACUUACAGUCUACAGAAAGCAUAAGGGAUAACGAGAAGUUUCAUAAUGGUGCUGUUCAACGCAAGUUGAAGUAUGAGCGAAUGUUCUGUCGCCCUGUUAAAACAAAUCCAGAUGACGUAAAGAAUCCAGUUAAAAUUAGCAUCCCACGUUAUGUCCUUUGUGGGCAGGGAAAGGAUGAGCAUUAUGAAUAUGAAAUCAAGAUAUCAGUCCUAGAUGAGACAUGGGCUAUAUUCAGGAGAUAUAGCCGCUUUAGGGAAAUGCAUCAGACAUUAAAAUUAAAAUUUCCAGAGCUGACAAUGCUAGAAUUUCCUCCAAAAAAGCUAUUUGGAAACAAGGAUGAACGUGUUAUUGCAGAGCGGCGGAAUCACUUAGAGAAAUACCUCAGAGACUUCUUUGAUGCGAUGCUUAAUUCUCCAUCAUCUCCACUAUAUGUAAAUAAAGAGGGCUUGAUCCUGUCCAAACAUGACAUUUGUGAAUUCUCUUCAUUCUUUAAGAAAGGUGUAUUUGACUACAGCAGCUAUGGCACCGGUUAAUUAUUGGAAACCUCACUUCCUAUUAAAAAAAUUAAUUCACCUGUCUUUCUGUAUGUUGCCCGAUCUCAGAAAAUAAAAAAGGUGGGGAAAAACUGGAUAACUUGCAUAAAUACUCCUUGUCAAAUCGACCUUUUCCAUCUAAAACUUAACUCAUUUUCUGCCAAAGAAAAUGAAAACAGAUUUGCUACUACAUGUUGGUUGAAGAAAUAGCUAAAGAAAACUUCACAGGCUGUUUGGAUCCACUCAACAGCUGAUGUUCCUUAUACAUGUUCUCAGACCUUUUCUUGCGACUUUCUUUUUCUACUUGACUGUUCUUAGCAAACAACUUUUUCCUGAAGUAGGUUUCUUGGAGUAAACAAAUUAUUCCAGAUAUUUUUUGUAUUAGAUUAAUGCACUGUUAUUGUGAAUUGCACUUUAUCAUUUUGAUCAUACUACUUUCAUCUUUGGUAUAUUGGUUGAAAUUUGAACAUUGACAAAAUAUAUAUGCACAGACUUAAAAUCCUGAAGUCUUCCGCACCAAGCUAAACAGAAUUAUUUGCUGAACAAUUGAAAUAGAUGAGAUCAAGCUUCUUUUCACAUUUUCUAAUUAUAUAGACUGUUACUGUGUGUUACGUUUCAAACAAGUUCCUGGUGCACUAUUAAAAAGGCAGUGGGUAUUAUGAUUUUUGAAAACAAUUUUCCCCAUAAAUGUGUAACCGUUUCUCGUUAGUAGAUUCUUUGUUGCAAAAUAUGAAUUACAUUUUUAAAUGUGCUUUAAAAGUACUCAGGGUUUAUUUAAGAUAGGACAUUUAGAAAGGCAGCUGUAUUCAUUUUGCAGAAAUAUAAAUUGAAAAAAUGCUGUGAUGUACAAUAGAGACAAUAAUAAAAGACUGAGAAAAGCAAAUCAUUUUGAUUCUAACUUGUUUUGAGGACUGUUAUACCCAUUGGAGAACACUUUCAUGGAGUACAGAGCAGAGGUUAAUGAAUUGUAGGUGUUAAGCAACAAGCCUUUAGGGUUUUAUAUUCAGGAGACGUUAAUCUUGAUUGUAUUAAUUAUUUUUCUGCUUUAUGUUAAUAGACGUUUAUUCCAGAGUUGUAUAAACAGCAAUCAUGGGAGUUGUCCUCAAAGGGGUUUCAGAAAUGCUGUGUUUCAAAAGCUGAUCUGAGUGAGUCAGCAGGAUGACUUCUCUUAAGACAAAUUAUAAUAGAAUAACUACUUUUGUGGAUUUUUAUUAUUUAUUUAUUUUUGUAUAUGAUGAAGAAGUUGUGUUCAACAGCUUUGGGGGCACUUCUCUCCACUUCCAGGGGACACCAGCCCAUGCAUUCUCCCCAACCAGCACCCUGACCAUGUGGCACCUGUGUGACACCCACACCCUUCCUGACCCAAAGCACCACUAUCCUGUGUACCAUCCCUGACUUGCACACUCCCCAACAUCCUUGCACACUUGAGCACUCCCAGGCACCUCUUGCACACUCUCGAGCACUCCCGGGCACACUUUCUAACUCAAACCACCAUCCCACAUGCCAUCCUCAACCAGCAUGGCACCUCGUAUGCAUCCAUGAGACUCCCAUGCAUUCUUGACCAUCACCUCCAUAAUUCUACCAAGCUGUACAGGACUAUAACUCUUCUGCACCUCCAGGCACACUUCCCAACCUAAGUCAGAAGUUGCUCUUGCUUCCACUGCUCACUCAUGAACACUCUGUUUUCUGUUUAAAUAAGGAAAUGACCCAACAGGGCACAAGUUGUCAAAUGAAUGCACUUGAAAUGAGUGUGAGAAAUUCCCCUUCCAGAAUCAAUCCCAUUUCCUUAAUUCUACAAACCUUUUAAAAUGUCUUCUGAAGUGGACAAAUCUGAAAUGAUAAUAUUGUCAGACAGACAAAUUGGGAGGAGGGGGAGAGAUUAUGAGAAAUCUACAUGACAUUUUUUAACUGGCAUUAUCUUAUAAUGUAAGGUUUUAAUUGGUAAAUGGAUCAAAAUUAUAUCUGUGAUAUAAUCUUAUAUAUGUCUUGCAACAUUAAGUAUACGUUUUAAAGCUGAUGCCCACAUAAACAGGGAACUUAAUACUUAUCAAGAUUUCAGUGGUGUCAGAUAAUAUAUCUUUCAUUUAUCAACAUUCAGAAUUCCUUGUAUAACUAAAUAAACUUGUAUAACUAAAGUUAAUAUAAAUAAAUAAAUAAACUUGUAUAACUAAAGUUAACAUGAAUAUCCAAUAAUAAAAAUGGAAGCUUGGAAAGGUAAGCCAUCUUUCUCGACAGGUAGUUGUUACUUGUAUAAAAAGAAUCUUACAGAAUGUCCUUGAAAAAAAAAUCCAGUAUCCUUUAAAAAUAAAAAGAAUAUAAAGGAAUAAACAUGGAAAGGCAUCUACAGUGGCAACUGUAUCCUUGUCCCUUUUGUCUGAGCAUCCAUAUCUCUAAGGUAGGUGCAUCAGUAUUGCACCACUAUUUAAAAAGGGUGGGAUUUGGAUCACAAAACUCCGGUCAUCAUCUUGGCACGUUUGGCAACACACUACUACCACACAGACUCAGCUGGGCCUCUCCAGUGUAAAUCCACUUGCAUGGUAGAUAAGAAACCAGACUUACAAUUAAUGAGAUAAUAUAAGGAAUAUAGAUUUUUGAUCUAUUUAUAAACACUAUCUAUAUACUGGCAUCUGCUGUAAUUCUAUUAAUAUUUUCAAAAGUUCUGCUAGUAACUAAUUCUAGUUACUAAUGGCUAGUGGUCACAGUCAUGAUGAAGCUACUUCAUAAAAAUGGGAUAUAAGUGCAUGCAAAUAUAAGCAUAUUAUUUUGAAAGAUGUUGCACCUUUUACAGGAUUUACUUACUGAGUAACAUGUUCUCCAGUUGAGAAUCCCAGAGCCACUUCUACUAGAAGAAGAGUAUCGGUAUGGAAGUGAUGCUUUCCAGAAAACAAAAUUCAAUUUUAGAGCUUUUAUUAACAUGUAGCCAUUUUUUCCAUGGUAAAUUGAGCUUUUGUAAUUUUCCAAUACAACUAAUGUCUUAAGGUUGGAGCCUCGCUGAGAAUUUGGAUGUAAAAUGUGUAUUAAACUAUUUGAAAGAGUGAAUUCUGUAUAUUUUUAAAAGCUUCAGCUAUAAACUUUUGAACAUUUUAAUUAACAUUUGUAUUAACAAAGCAGAAGAAAAAAGCUAUUUUCACAGUGCUUUAUUUGAAACAAUAAAAAGCACAGUCUAUGAAAUUGUA